AUGGAGGCGGGCUCGGAGGUUACGGAGAACAUCGCGUUCCGGGGAGUGGAGUUUGCCGUGAAGGUAGAGGUGGAUAACGGUGUUCUGCUGGUAGAAAUCUCUGAUUCAAAAACAGCAGAUCAAUGGAAAGGAGAAUUUGAUCCAGCGUACAUCGAAGACCUGACACGGAAAACCGGCAACUUCAAACAGUUUCCCAUUUUCUGCAGCAUGUUGGAGUCGGCAGUGAGGAAGACAAGCGAUUCUGUCACACUGGACCUGUUGACCUACGCAGACUUGGAGCUGCUGCGGAACAGGAAAGCGGGGGUGGUGGGUCGCCCUCGAGGCCACCCGCAGUCGUCGGCGCUCACCGCCAAACGUUACCUUAUUCUCAUCUACACCGUGGAGUUUGACAGGAUACACUAUCCUUUACCGCUGCCCUACAUCGGCAAGCCCGACCCGGCCGCUCUGCAGAAGGAAAUCCGGAGCCUCAGGGCAGAACUUAGCGCGCUAACCUCUCAGGGGGUCGGCAAGUCCGCGGAACUCGAAAUCCAUCGCUUGCGAGCGGAGCUGGCCCUGAUGAAGGAGGAGAAAGAGGCCAUCGCCAAAGUCCUGGAGCGUCUUCAGCUCGGCAGAAGCGCUUCCACCCCCGCCGGACCUACCGAGUGGAGAGGUCGGGAUGCGGUGAGGACGCUGGAGGAGCAGCUGCUCAAAGAGAAGGCCAAGAGUCAGCACUCGGCCAGCAAACGAUGCCAGGAGCAGCGACUCAUGAUGGAGCAGCUGGAUGAGCUGAGAGCGUCGGAGUGCGCGCUACGGCUUCACGUCAAGAGUCUCACCAACGAACUGGCGCUGCUACGCAGAAGCAGAGGGACGCCCGUGUCCGGAUGCGCAGACAUUUAUCGCUCGCGCAACCCUGUCAGGGGUCGCUCGGGAUCCAGAGAACGGCGAGGCGACCGAGCGCAAAGGUCCGCGGAAAGAGGAACGAGAGUGGACUCGGCGGGGCCGCGCGCCGUCGUGCGAAGGUCAUCGCCUUCUCCCACAGGGUCUCGAGCUCCUCGCUUUGACCCGACGGCGUACAUCCAGGACAGACAGCGGCGCUUAAGAGAAUCCGAACUCAAAAAACAGUUAAAGGUGCGACGAGACUUGAUGGUGUCGCCGUCCAUGCUACCCGAACGAGGCCGUUCCCGCUCCAGAGAGGCUUGUCCUCGGUUACGUCGAUCCGGCAGCCGAGGUCGGAGUUUGUCGGUGGAGCGGCGGGGGAGCGGGAACUCCUCGGAGAGCUCUCUGCUGGAUAUGGAGGAAAUGACCAAGGCGCUGUUCAGGGGAAGGAAACGGACCUUCAACGGCCCCGGUGUGUCCAGAGGUAGCCUGAUUACCCGGAAGCCAUUAAGCAGCACUCCAACGUACAGAAUGAAGGAUAAAGACGGCUCCAUGGACACCGGCGCGGAGUUGUCGGAGAUAGAUGCCAGGCUUCAGGCCCUGCAGGAGUGCAUGAGGGACUUGGACACGGGAUAUUGA